CUUCUUGUUAAUGGAAUUUUGUGGAAUGGAAUAACUAACGUCGUCUACAUCGUCGUUGUCAUUCAAUGGCUUUUGACAACGGCUUAAAAACUCGAACCACAAUACACAUGUGCACGACGCGCCACGUACUCAAAUACAUAUACAUUCUACAGUUGUUGGAUGACCGAUACGCCGUACAAUAACAUACUUGUUGCGCCCGUUUGUAUAUCAAUGAUGAUGAAUUUACUGUUUCUCUGCAACAUCGUUCGGGUUUUAUUCAUGAAAUUGCGAGCACCAGCAGGACCACAAGGUGGAGCACCAUCACGGAAUAUAUUGCAAGCGUUUCGUGCAACGCUGUUGUUAGUGCCGCUAUUGGGUCUACAGUACGUAUUAACACCGUUUAAACCAGAAUCAGGCCAUUCAUAUGAGAUCGUAUAUGAAAUUGUAUCAGCAUUUACAACAUCAUUGCAGGUAUUUGCAUGAAAGAGACGUGAACGAGAGGUUUAAUUGAAAAUUGAAUUGAAACGUUCGAAGUGUAUUGAGAGGGAGAUAGAGAAUACGAUUCAUUUGCAAUUCAAACAAAAUUCCAAACUAAAUAUGAGCAC